CCUCAUUCAACGAACGAGCGUCGCCCUCGUCUUUAUAAUUGACUAUUUUUCCAUCAUUUCUAGUGCUAAGCUAAGCUACAGCGUUUGCUUUUUUAGUUUUAGCAGGUCAUUCAUUAAACCCUAGUCAUUUCAGUGAUAAAGAGAUGGCUCAAACAACUCCAAACCACACGCAGACCGUUUCGGGCUGGGCUGCUCAUGACGAAUCGGGCCACGUCACUCCUUACACCUUCAAACGCAGAGGACCAUUGUUUUCAGGUCACAGGGUCAACUAUUCUGUCAAUAGGGAAAAUGGUAUCAACGAUGUGACCAUCAAAAUCCUCUAUUGCGGCAUUUGUCACACUGAUAUCCAUCACGUCAAGAACGAUUGGGGCAUAACAAUCUACCCUGUUGUUCCCGGGCAUGAAAUUGUUGGGAUCAUCACAAAAGUGGGCAGCAAUGUGACCAAUUUUAAGGUCGGUGAUCGAGCUGGGGUCGGGUGCUUGGCUGCAAGUUGCUUGAACUGUGAGUACUGUAAAGAUGGCCAAGAAAAUUACUGUGAUAAAGUCCAAUUUGUGUACAAUGGCAUUUUCUGGGAUGGCAGCAUCACUUAUGGAGGCUACUCUGAGUUUCUCGUGGCUGAUCACAGGUACGUUGUUCAUGUCCCGGAGAGUUUGCCAAUGGAUGCUGCAGCUCCACUUCUAUGUGCUGGGAUCACAGUAUAUACUCCCUUGAAAGACAAUGGCCUUAUAGAGUCAACCAGGAAGAAAAUAGGGAUAGUUGGGCUAGGAGGUUUGGGCCAUAUUGCAGUCAAGUUUGCAAAGGCUUUUGGUCACCAUGUCACCAUAAUUAGCACUUCCCCAUCAAAGGAGAAGGAGGCCAAACAACGUUUGGGUGCAGAUGAUUUCAUUUUGAGCACCAAUCCAGAACAAAUGCAGUCAAAGAGGAGGACUCUAGACUUUAUUUUGGACACGGUGUCAGCCAAACACUCCCUUGGACCUACACUGGAGUUGUUGAAAGUGAGUGGGACUCUGGUGAUUGUGGGUGCACCAGAUAAGCCUAUGGACCUGCCAUCUUUUCCCUUGAUUUUUGGUAAGCCUCAUUCUGUUCACUGGAAAAGAGUUGUGAAAGGGAGCAUAAUCGGAAGCAUUAAGGAGACACAAGACAUGAUGGACUUAUGCGGGAAGCACAACAUAACAUGUGACAUCGAACUUGUUAAGACAGAUUACAUUAAUGAAGCCCUCGAUCGAUUAGUCAAAAACGACGUUAAAUACCGCCGCGAGACGUGUCCAUCUACGUUCUCGUUUUCAGUCAAGUACACAGUAAUCCAUUCAAUGUCCAAGAUAAGUAAAAUGUUAUGGUCCAAACUAAGAUUGUCCUCCAGGAGGAAAGGCUAUCCCAGUGAGGAUGUAAAAAGCCAAAAGGGAAAUCCAAACGUGAGCGAAGAAUACAACGAAGCAUUCAGGACAAAAUCAUACACGGAACUGUGCAACAAAGUCGAAGACCAACUCGAAACAAGAACAUCUCACAAACAUCACCACAACGAAAAUCUCUCCGAGUAUUUACUAGACCCACCUCAAGAAACCUUAACUUCCAUACUCAAAGCCACUCGAAACCACCAUGAAUUCCUCAUCAACUACUUAAACAAAAGCCAGGAAGCCAGCAGAGUAUGCGAACUCGUCCUCCAAAACGCGCACCAAGCAAUAAGCACAAACCACCACCCCAUAAACAACAUAACCAACCUAAUCGAACAAACUCCCGACCCAAAACGGUGGACCCACCACCACUAUAACAUUCUCCACAAGAACUUAGCCUCGUUCGCCCGCCGUAAAAACCCGUUCCAAUCCACACCGGAUAAAUUCCUCGAGCUCCACGAGAGCUACACUCUCCUACUCCGCCAGCUCACAUCCAAAUACAAAAGGAAGAAAAGAAGAAGGACGCUAAUAAAGGCUGCCAGCUGUGUGGGGUCCACUGCGCUAGCUGUGUCCCUAUUGGUCCUCGCGACAAACGGCGUGGGGUGCGUGGUAGCUGCCACGGGGCUGCUCGCGUGCUGUCUGGGCCUCCUGGCAAUGAAAAGGCGGAAGUUGAGGAAAGGAAAAGCGCGCCGCCAGCUGGACGUGGCGGCAAGAGGGGUGUACACGCUCAUGAACGAUCUCGACACAUUGUGCAGGCUUGUCGGGGUUUUGCAUGAUGAGGUGGAGCGCAGGAAAGUUAUGGUGGGGACGUGUGUGGAGAAGGGGAGGGAUGAGAUGGUGAAGGAAGUGGUGAGGGAGCUGCAGGCUGACGAGGCUUGGUUUAUGGAAGAGGUCGAGGAAUUGAAGAGGCACGUGUGUUUGUGCUUUCUGAAUAUAAAUCGGGCGAGGAGACUACUCGUGCAAGAGAUUGUUUAA